AAAAAUUAAUGAAAACAAAAAUAGGCUUUUUGGUCUUAAUUUAAGGUUGGGCAUAAGGUUAGCAGUGUGGUUAAGUUUAAAAUCAGAGUUUAAGAAGAUGAAUUGUAGAAAUAGGCGGGCAAGCUUGCUAAGCAAAAACAAAUGUACUGGACUUCCGCAUUUGGAUUCGUCACAACCACAAAGUUGCUCAACUGUUGCUCAGAUCAUCAAGUGCUGCAUUUGAAGACACUGCCACCUGCUGACAUGUGCCUCAAAUGUGAUGAUCAAAGAGUCCUCUACAGCCAUUUCAGUUAGAUAGCUAGAUAGAUUUUAUUUGACAGUUAUAAAUUACGACCAGGGGGAGAUACCACCAGUCCAGUCCCAUACAAGCCUUUCCUGUGACGUAUUAUGCGCGCCCAUAAAACUGUGACCUAUUGUGACGUAACCAAGCAUAAAUUCACUACAUAAACUGUGUUCAGCUUUGAUAUCAUCAGUACAAUCGCUUUCUUCAGUAAGGUUGUUUCAGGUGCAUAGUCUGCCCUAGCUGACACUGUGCAGAGAAUAAAUACUACGAUUGGAAACGGUUGGAUAGACCCGUCCUUGGAGUUUAGAACGUCUGAAAGCAAGAUGAAUCAUAAUGAUGAGAGAAUCAAAAGAGCUUUAAGGCGCCGCCCUUAUGUGUUGAAUCCAGUGAGGGUGAACACCCCUGAUUCUGUGAUGUGGCCAACCGGCAAAGUGCGCAGAAGGCCAAGGCCUUCUACAUCAGUGCAGACCCCUCAGAUCCACAAAAGGCCUCCAAUCAUUGUGAGCUGUGGGCAGGAACAGACAUCUGGGGAUGGAUGGGACAUCAAUCCAGAGCCUCUUAGCCAGUCUGGAAGGGUGACUCGGCUGAUGGAUAGAAAUUAUGAUGGGGUGAUCUCAUCCUCCAACUCUGACAUCUCUAUCUACUCCUUCACUGACUGUGAAUCUGAGUCUGAUGAUGAGGAUCAUGAAAGGAGGACACCACCGCUGAAAGUGAAGGAUGAGGAGGAUGGAAAGCUGACAAGGCUUAAAGUGAGGGAUAUGGUAGAGGACGACGAUCUUUCUCUCCAAUCCUUCGAUGAGUCAGACUUUCUGCGUGAUAAUGGCAAUGAUGCCUCUGCUGAGGACAGUCCAGGGCCUUCAAAGGAACCACUGAGAAAAGGGGCUUCACUGAAGGACCCUCGACUGAUUAUUGUGGCGAAACCCAACAUCCCUGUCAUUGUUGCUCCGCAUGCUGUGGAGUACUUACCAUACCACCACAGCCCUCGCCUGGCCCCAAUCACCAACCUGAGCGAGAACGGUAGGAAGCUGCUCCAGAAAAUGUCAGGAGUGGCCCCACAGGUGAGAGGAAAUACAGAAAGCCCUUGCCUGGCCCCCAUCACCAAUACAGGAAGCCCUCGCCUGGCCCCCAUCACCAACCUGAGUGAGAACAGCAGGAAGCUGCUCCAGGAAACGGCGCAGAAAAUGGCAGGAGUGUACCCACAGGAAGGGAAGGUCAAAAGGAAAAAGGGCAAGGCAAAAAAGAGAGUGAAGCAAGAGCAGGCUAGUAACAUGAAGCAGGUGGAAAAUGUUGGAGAAAGUAAGGAGGACAAGAAAGAGGAAAAGAAGAGUCUGAGGAAGAGGUUUCUCCAGUGGCUGCUGCCCAAACUUAGAUGUUUGAAUAAAUAAUGGCCAUCUACUACUACAACACACACACACACAGAUAUUUUGAGUAUUGCUUACUCCUCCAAUACACACAGAAACUUAAUUUCAGACACAGGAACUAUGUUUAGAAAAAUACACAUAUUGGUCUCGUUCUAAUAUUUUGAGACAUGCACUAUUCUUUAAAAUAAAAAAACUACAAAAAAUGUUUGAAAUAUGCAUUUUCAAUAAAGCUUUUGAAAUUGCAA